AGCCCCGGCGCGCGACACAGAGCAGGCAUUCAGAGCGCGAGCGAGGGGGCUGAACCACGGACCGAUCUCGCGCUGGGCGGGCGACCUGCGACCAGUGCAGUUUAUCAGCCGAUCUACUUCCUGAGGAAGACAGCGGAUGGAUUCAUUCUGACAGAACCGAGCGUGUAUGACAAGAAAUGUGUUAAAGUUUCACUGGAUGACUUAUAAUAACACUUGACCUAUAGGCAAUUGUUUUCCAGAAAAUACUAUAGUUUUUAGAGAAUAAAACAGAGGUCGUGUUUGGGAAAAAACUAGACCCACCGAAGACCCCUGUGUCCGCAGAGCGAGAGCACGAUGUCGGCGGAGGAGCACAGUAUGUCGGAGGUGGAGAUGAGCCCCGGGGUCUCGGACGACGGCCACUCCAUGUCUCCCGGUCACUCUUCAGGAGCCCCAGGGGGCCCCGACUCCCCUCUCCCCGGGCAGCCGCCUCAGAUCCCGGGCGUCGGGGAUGAUGGAGCCGGAGUCUCCGGUGUCUCGGUGAAGUCCGAUGAAGAAGACGACCGGUUCCCCAUCGGCAUCCGCGAGGCGGUCAGUCAGGUUCUCAACGGCUACGACUGGACGCUCGUGCCCAUGCCCGUGCGCGUGAACUCGGGCAGCAAGAGCAAGCCGCACGUGAAGCGGCCGAUGAACGCGUUCAUGGUGUGGGCGCAGGCCGCGCGCAGGAAGCUGGCGGAUCAGUACCCGCACCUGCACAACGCCGAGCUCAGCAAAACACUCGGCAAACUCUGGAGGCUGCUGAACGAGACGGAUAAGCGGCCGUUCAUCGAGGAGGCUGAGCGCUUGAGGAAGCAGCAUAAGAAGGACUAUCCCGAGUACAAAUACCAGCCUCGUCGACGCAAGAACGGCAAGCCGGGGUCGAGCUCUGAGGGCGACGGUCACUCCGAGGGCGAGGUCAGCCACAGCCAAUCACAUUACAAGAGCCUGCACCUGGAGGUGACCCACGCCGGGGUCACGGGCUCCCCACUGGCUGACGGACACCACCCGCACGCCACAGGUCAGAGUCACAGCCCCCCGACACCCCCUACGACCCCGAAGACGGAGCUGCAGGGCGGGAAACCUGGCGAGGGGAAGCGCGAGGGCGGAGCCUCCCGGGGCGGUUUGGGGGCGGGACCAGAUGGAAGCUCCGCCUCCUCGUCCGCUGCCGGCGGCGGCAAACCGCACAUCGACUUCGGCAACGUGGACAUCGGUGAGAUCAGCCACGACGUGAUGGCCAACAUGGAGCCGUUCGAUGUGAACGAGUUCGACCAGUACCUGCCGCCGAACGGGCACCCGCAGGCGGCGAGCGCGGGGUCUUCGGCAUCACCGUACGCGUACGGCAUCUCUAGCGCUCUAGCGGCCGCUAGCGGUCACUCCACCGCAUGGCUCUCCAAACAACAGCUGCCGUCCCAGCAGCACUUGGGCUCGGAUGGAGGGAAAACGCAGAUUAAGAGCGAGACGCACUUCGCUAGCGAUGCCGCCACAGCUAGCGGUUCGCACGUAACGUACACUCCUCUUAGCCUGCCGCAUUACAGCUCUGCCUUUCCCUCACUGGCUUCGCGUGCGCAGUUCGCGGAGUACGCGGAGCACCAGGCGUCCGGCUCGUACUACGCCCACUCCAGCCAGACCUCGGGCCUGUACUCCGCCUUCUCCUACAUGGGCCCCUCGCAGAGGCCCCUAUACACCGCCAUCCCCGACCCCGGAUCCGUGCCGCAGUCGCACAGCCCGACUCACUGGGAGCAGCCCGUCUACACCACGCUAUCCCGACCAUGACGCGCAUUACGGAGGUGACGUGACGCUCUCGUUUCAUUUCCAGUCACCGAAGGUCCAAACUAAAGUGUGUAUGUGACCGAAAAUCAUCAAAACACUCGCCUGCACCACAAUCCACACACAGAAAACAACGCGUGUGGAGAUCUGCAGGGAAAACAUAUUCUCACGUUGCCUCAGGCUGAUUAGAUAAACCAUCAUGACCCGUUUCACAGAGAUCUUGCUCGUCCGCCGAUUUGACACCAGUGGUAUUUCAUGAGGACACAUUACCAAAGUACUGAGACCAAAACAUUCAAAUGAAUGAGCAACUUAAACGGGCGUAGUUAUUAAACUCUGUGUGGUUUGCCAUCAGUGUACCAGAUCACAAACUUCUUCCAAUACAUUCAUUCACAUAAACUUACACCCUGAUGUUAUUACCUGUACAUCCAUAUGUUGUUGUUGAUGUUUUUUUUAUUUGUAUGUAUGAAUAAUCUCUUUUUAUUAACCAAAAUAAGGCCAUAUUGUUUUUAUCUUGGACAAAUAAUGACGUGUUUUUAUUGUUGUAAUCUUUUCUAUUGUUGUUACUCUUGUGUUGCCAUAACUACACUGAAAAGUCUUCACCACUGUCUAGUGUUUGUUAAUGACAUUUGUGUUUUAUGACUUUCAGCGUGUGUAAAUAUCAGUGCCUGGACGCGAUAAACGUGUCGAAACGAUGUUACUCCAAACACACAAACGGAGUAACGUUACUGUAUUGUAAUAUGUCUCUUCACAUCGGAAUUAACGUGAUUAUGAGUUUCCGCUGUACAAUUAGCUGUUAUUUUGUUUAGCUAACACCGCUAGUGCCUCAGUCCAUCGGAAACGGUUAAUAAUCGCUGAUAAAUUCGAAUUAAAUCACGUGAUACUUUUUUCAGGGCGCGAACUUUCAUCUAUUCGCCAAUUCGCAUAUUUUAUGCCCACAUUGAAAUGCGAGUUUGAAAUAGAUUUGUAUUUUGUAGAAUACACAUAAUGUCCGUUUCAGAACAUUACCUUGAUGCCUAUCAAUAAAACACGGCGGUAUUAUUUCAUAAAGUCAAACGAUGUUUAUUCGAUGUUUUUUUUUCCCCUUUGGUAGACUAUACUUUUUUUUUUUAAAUAUAAUUUUCGCCCUCUUUAUUAGUACUAUUCAAAAACAACCGAAGCAAACAAACAAAAUUUCUGUUAUAUAUUACAAAAUAUUAUUUAUAUUUGUUGUUUUUGUUCGUUUUUUUUUUUUUUUUAUCAGUAGCGUUUUACUCUGAUGUUGGAAACUUUUGUCGUGUAAUUCUGUGGUGGGUAAAAGUGUUGUUUUUCUUUAUCAGUGUAAAUAGAAGAGAGCAGUGACUAACUUCCCUCACUUUAAAUAAAGCUGCAUUCUGUA